UUAAUGAUUGUGCGAGAGAGAACAAGGGUCUUCGAGAGGGAGAAGAAUCAAGAACGAGCAAGGUUCCGAGAUAAGAGGUCACAAAGAAAAGGGACAGGAGGAGAAGUGAACGGAGUGCGAGAGAGAGAGUGAAAACUGAAGACACGCAGCUCCGAGAUGAUUGGCAGCGCAUGGAAAUUUGUCCUUUACCUGUAUGGUCUUGCCAUAGACUCGUUAUCUGUCUGCGACGGCAAUAACCGACUCUCAGCAUCGAGUGUCAACAGGACAGAGUUCCCCUUGCAGUAUAUGGGACACUGGUAUUUCUUGGCAGCCGCUGCCACGUUUGAUUCAGGCGCGCUGGAAAUCUUCAAAGUGAUGGACAACACCAAAUUCCUGGUCCGAGAAAGCACCGAGGGAGAGAAACUGGAGUUCACGGCGGCCAUUAGAGUCAAAGACGGAUCCUGUGUCCCUCGAAAGUGGAUCUACCUGUUAACGGAUGGGAGCACAGAACUGCGGACCGAGGGCCACCCAGACAGGCUCACCCAGUUGUUUUCAUCCAGUUGCCCACAUUGUGCCGUCCUGAAGGAGACGGACAGCAGCACCGCCAGGCUUCUCCUAUACGCUCGCUCUCCCCAGUUAGAAGACCGGUUUAUGGAGGAGUUUAAGGAUAUAGCCGCUUGUGAAGGCUACGAAGAUAUACUGGAAAUCCCACAGAAACUAGAUUAUUGUCAGCCGGAUGAAUGAAGGGGAGAGUCCAGAUUUUACCCGCUAAGCAGAACCAGAAGGCAGCAGUCGGAUAGAAAUAAAACAUUUUUCCGCAAAUGUUUGUCGUAAGAGAACCAGCAUUAAAAGCGAGACUUUGUA